AUGCUCUCCAGAAAGUCACUCGCACUAGCCAGCUCAUCCCGGCUGGCAGUAGUGGCUUCUCUCAGCAGAUCCACCUCUGUCAUUCGCACUCUUUCUUCCACCUCCACUCUUGCGUCAAGUAGAAGUGGCGCAGACGGACCAUACAACCCAAACCGCAACAACAGCAAUAACGACCGACCCGAUUAUCGUCGGCCUCGGAGAGAGGAAGGAGGUGCAUCAACACCAUCGAGACAAAGAUUAGGAGAGUCGAGCGGUGGGAACACUGUAAGCCAGUACAGUCGCAAUCAGCGCUUUGCGCCUGAUGGUACGAGGAAACGACUUCCGCAUCCGAAUGCAAAGCCCAGGUCGAGUCAGAAUAGGAAUGAUCAACGUGGACCUAGGCCGAAAGAUUGGACGCUGAGGAACAAUGAGAGGCGGAACGAGGAGUCUGCUUCGCUCAAGUUUGGAGCAUCUCCGUUGGAUGGCGCUGGUGGAUCUUCCGCGGCGGCUGCUGCCAGAAGAGAUUCAACUGUGUCCAGGCUAAGAGCGAGGAAUGCUACGCCAGCUAAGGAGGAUGGCGAUGACGGUGAGGUAUCUCGUGCUGGAAGUGCAGAAAGGUUCGAUGAAGCGAGUGUCGCGGAUGGGGACACUCCAGCAUCGACAAGAGGCGGGUUUGAAGGGUUCUUAGAAGUCGGCAAAACCGGCAUCGAAAAGUCAGAUCGACACCAUACAGCAAAGCAAAAGAAGAAAGAAGGUCGAGGAUCGUUGCUAGAGACCGAAGACGAAUACGAGCGUCGCCCACGUCGAGAUGCAGGGUCUUCAUCCAACCGCAACUCCCGCCAUUCUUCUCGUCCCUCUUCCGCAAGUGCCGAUUUGGACGCUCUUGCACUUGGUUCGGACCUCAAACCCAUCACCAAGCCCAAACUUUUGCCCAAAGUGGAACGCAAUGUCUUCCUCCCCACCGUGAUAUCGGUCAACAUGCUUGCCGGUCAGAUGGAGAAGAAGUUGCGCGUAGUCCAAAAUGUUAUGACUCAGCUCGGGAUGGAAGACACUCGACCAGACCUCAUGCUCAAAUUCGAAGAUGCCGAAAUGAUCGCAGCAGAACUCAACGUUGUUGCUAUCCCCAAUGACGACGCGAGCUUCGACAUCUACCCUCGCCCACCGCCCGCUACUCCGGAAGAAGUUGCUUCCCUCCCACUCCGACCGCCCGUUGUCACCAUCAUGGGCCACGUCGACCACGGCAAAACCACCCUCCUCGACAAACUCCGCAGCACCUCCGUCGCACAAGGCGAAGCAGGUGGGAUCACACAACACAUCGGUGCUUUCUCCGUUCCCAUCACCGGCCGCAAGCAAAAUAAGGGCAAAGAUAAAGGCUAUUCUGGUAUUCAGACCAUCACUUUCCUCGAUACGCCCGGUCACGCUGCGUUUACGGCUAUGCGAAGUCGUGGUGCCAUGGUGACGGAUAUUGUUGUUCUCGUCGUUGCUGCAGAUGACGGAGUGAUGCCGCAGACGAAGGAGGUCAUUCAUUUGGUCAAAAAGGCAAAUGCUGAAGCUGAAGCUUCGAGAGAGGGGGACACUGUCACUCAGCCACCCGUACAGAUGAUCGUUGCGUUGAACAAGAUCGAUAAGUCAGAUGCUGAUCCGGAGCGCGUCAAGCGAGAGUUGCUCUCUGCUGGGGUUGAGCUGGAAGAGUUGGGUGGAGACGUGCCCUGUGUACACGUGUCAGGUAAGACAGGAUACGGUCUUUCAGAGCUAGAAGAGACCGUUGCUACACUCGCCGAGCUUGCAGAUUUGCGCGCUGAACGUGUUGGGCUGCCAGAAGGCUACGUGAUCGAAUCCAAAGUCGACAAGGGCAGGGGCAACGUCGCUACUGUUCUAAUCAAGCGUGGUGUUCUGGAGAAGAGCUCGUACAUUGUAGCUGGUACGGCAUGGUGUAAGGUUCGACAGAUCUUGCAUUCUUUAGGUCGACCUUUGGCGAAAGCUUUGCCAGGAGAUCCGGUGCUGGUUACUGGAUGGAGAGAGUUGCCCAUCGCAGGCGACUUACUUUUAGGUGGACUGAACGAACAUAGCUGUAAGAAGGCUGCAGAGAACAGGAAACAGGUGAACGAGCAAAAAAGGUUGAUGGCGGAUGUGGAACAGAUCAACGAAUCGCGCCGAAUCAAGGCUGAACAAGACGAAGCAGAUGCAAGGAAAGAGUUUGAAGAGAGGCAGAGGAGAAGAGCGGCACGAAUUGCAGCUGAUGAUGGGAAAGAUCCUUUGGCUGUACUUGCUGCUAUGGAAGAAGGUGCCUCCAACCCUUCUGCCUUCACCUCCUCUGGUGGCGCUGACGUAGUUGACGGCUCUGAAGAGACCUCUGAUUCCUCCAGUGCGGGCAAGAAGUUUCUGAACGUAAUCAUCAAAGCCGACUACUCCGGAACAGUAGAAGCUGUCGUCGGAGCCAUCUCCUCCAUCGGCAACUCUGAAGCAGGCGUUAAAAUCAUCUCUGCCACCCCCGGCGAACCUUCGGAAUCCGACAUCGCCAAAGCCUCCGCCCUAAACGCAACCAUCAUCGGCUUCAACGUGACCCCGUCCAAGUCAGUCCUCCAGUCCGCAGCACGUGCACAACCCAACCCCGUCCCAGUGAUCAUCUCGGACGUGAUCUACCGCCUGAUGGAAACCAUCUCUGCUUCAGUAUCUUCCCUCCUCCCACCCCUAAUGGAGGUACGAGUGCAGGGUGAAGCGACAAUUAGUCAGAUCUUUGACAUCAACGUCAAGGGGAAGAGCUUUAAAAAGAUCGCCGGAUGCAGGGUUACUAAUGGAACAAUCACAAAGCCGAACUCAGUGCGGAUUCUGAGAGGCAAAGAGAGGAAAGAGGUUUGGCGGGGAAAGUUGGAAGAAUUCAAACAUUUGAAAAAGGACGUAACGGAGAUGAGGAAGGGUACGGAAUGCGGGAUGAGUUUUGAGGGAUAUCAGGCUUUGGAGGUUGGGGAUGUCGUGCAGAGUUUUACUGAGGUCAGCGUUCCCAGGACUUUGUAA